AUGGGUGCGCUUCGCUCGCUCUUCCUGCUCGCCCUCGUCCUCGCCGCGACUCUGAGCCUCCUUGCUGGAGUCUCAGCGGCGCCGCGCCGCGCCCUCGGCAAGGUCAAGGGGGACCCUCCUCAGAAGCCCCUUCCUCCAACUCCUUUCGACCCGAAGAGCUUCCCUGUCGCGUCUAACCCCCCCUCUCCAAGCGGCUCACGGAAAGGCUCCAUGGACUCAACCAUCUCGUUCGAUUCCAAGGCGCCAUCCGUGCCCUCACUCGGCGGUUCGCCGUCCCGAAAGGGCUCAGCGGAUUCGACCUUCUCCUUCGAUUCCAAGGACGGGGGAUCCCGCAGGAGCUCCGUGGAGUCCGUCUCGUCUGUGAAAGCCACAGCUGUGAAAGCUCGGCGGGCUCUCCUCGAUUUCGCGGGUCAGCGCAACGUGCCCGAGGCCACUGGCCCUCAGACGCCGAAACCCGCCGAGGUUGACGGCGCCGACUCGCACGUGGCGACGCCGCGCAUUCUCGUUAUCAAGGGGGGACCUCAGAAGCCCCUUCCGCCCAACCCAAGCGGCUCGCGGAAGGGCUCCAUGGACUCAACCAUCUCGUUCAAUUCCAAGGCGCCAUCCGUGCCCUCACUCAACGGCGCGCCGUCCCGAAAGGGCUCAGCGGAUUCGACCUUCUCCUUCGAUUCCAAGGACGGCGGGUCCCGCAGGAGCUCCGUGGGUUCCGUCUCGUCCGUGGAUUCCGCUGCUGCGGCGAAGCAAUUCCUCGCAAACGUCCCAAACGCGUUCGAGCCUUACUCGGGCAACUCUGGCGGAUCCCGCAAGGGCUCAGGGGCAACGCCACGCAUUCUCGUUAUUAAGGGGGGACCUCAGAAGCCCCUUCCGCCCAGCCCAAGCGGCUCUCGGAAGGGCUCCAUGGACUCAACCAUCUCGUUCAAUUCCAAGGCGCCAUCCGUGCCCUCACUCAACGGCGCGCCGUCCCGAAAGGGCUCAGCGGAUUCGACCUUCUCCUUCGAUUCCAAGGACGGCGGGUCCCGCAGGAGCUCCGUGGGUUCCGUCUCGUCCGUGGAUUCCGCUGCUGCGGCGAAGCAAUUCCUCGCAAACGUCCCAAACGCGUUCGAGCCUUACUCGGGCAACUCUGGCGGAUCCCGCAAGGGCUCAGGGGCAACGCCGCGCAUUCUCGUUAUUAAGGGGGGACCUCAGAAGCCCCUUCCGCCCAACCCAAGCGGCUCUCGGAAGGGCUCCAUGGACUCAACCAUCUCGUUCGAUUCCAAGGCGCCAUCCGUGCCCUCACUCAACGGCGCGCCGUCCCGAAAGGACUCAGAGGGUUCGUUCAUCUCCAUCGAUUCCAACGACAGCGGAUCUCGCAGGAGCUCCGUGGGUUCCGUCUCGUCUGUGAAAACCGGGUGGGCUGGGCAUUCUUGA